GUUUGAGAGUAAAGCGAUCAUGGGCUCUUCUUCUAGAAAUCUCUAUGCAGGAAUUGGAGAAGGUCAAUAACCUUCUAGGCCACCACUCUUUGAUGGCACCAACUACUCUUAUUGGAAGGAACGGAUGAGAAUCUACAUUCGUUCCACUAACUUCCAAUUGUGGUUGGUGAUCAAAAAUGGCGAGGAAAUCCCUAUGAAGAAAGUGGGAGAAACCACGGUCCCAAAGACCGAAAACGAAUUUGAUGCCGAGGACAUCAAGAAGAUUGAAAACUAUGCAAAGGCCAUCAAUAUGCUAUAUUGCGCGGUCAACCCCGAUGACUACCGAAAGAUCUCCUGUUGCACAACCGCCAAGGAGUUGUGGGACAAGCUUGAGGUGACGUACGAAGGUACCGAUCAAGUUCGCGAAGCCAAGAUCGACUUUCUCACCCAAGAAUACGAAAUGUUCCGGAUGAAUGAAGGUGAGAAAAUUGAUGACAUGUCCGACCGGUUCUCAAAGAUCAUCAACGAUCUUCAUGCUCUCAAAAAGACUUACACCAACAAGGAUCUCGUGAGGAAAAUCCUGCGAAGCCUCACACCCGAAUGGAGGUCAAAAGCCGAUGCAAUCUAUGAAUCCAUUGGAGUCUCCAACGUCACCAUCGACGGGCUAAGAGAUAACUUUAAAACUUAUGAAUCUACUAUUCUAACCCCGUCUUUGGAUGAACAAAAGAAAAAGGGGAUAGCUCUCAAAGCCACCAAGGAACCGGUGGAAGAGGCUUCAAGCGAUGACGACAAUGAAUUUGGGCUCGUCAUCAAGAAGUUCCACAAGUUCAUGAAGAAGGAAUUUGAGCGGAAGGGAAGGAAGCACGACGGUCCUCCCAAGUGCUACGGCUGUGGCGAGAUUGGCCACAUCAAGCCAAGGUGUCCAAAGGCCAAACACGGCAAGGAUAAGCCUGGCUUCAAGAAGCAAAGGGCCUACAUCUCUUGGGGUGGCGAUUCCGGCGACGAAUCAACCGACCAAGAGGAGGACGAAGAUGCAAAUCUCUGCCUCAUGGCGCACGAAGAUCAAAGCGAUGACGUCCAAGAG